UAUGGAAGGCCACAGCCGGAAUCGACAGAAUUGCCGUCAGAUAUGUAAUUAACAUUACAUGUAAUUUAACAGACAGAGAAGAAUGUUUUCGAGACAUCGUAGCUCUCCCGGCACUUUCGGGAGUCUAUUGGGAUACGGGGGUCUCCCUCAAUGUUUGCAGUUCAGAUUUCAGACUUACCAGUCCCAUUUUCUCUUGUUUUAAUUGAUUACUGACUGCCUAUCACAGUGCAGGAACGGUAACAGUUUCUGGCAGAACGGAGUCAUAUAACGCGUUUGCAAUAGUGAAGAGCGUCAACACUUGAAGGCUCAGAGGGAAAUGAAAAAGCAGUACCACAGAAAACAGAGGAAGAUUACAGUGUGGGUAUGUUGAGUCAUGAUGGUGCUUUAGCCCCAGUGGUGGUGCGACGUAGUACAAGGCUGAGCAACAGGGAGGCAUCGGGGGAGAGGAGCAUGUCACAACAAUGCACUGCGUGCAGUGAAAGACCGAAAACCGUGAACCAAGGCAGGCAUGCUGUACAGUCAGAAAACUCCAGUAUCAACACUCCAUGUUAUUUUCCAGGCAACACAACAAGGAAGGCUUUGUCUGAGAUCAUCGGCAUUAAAAAAUGCUGCACAGUGAAUGAACUGGAUCAAGCUACACAGUUUUUGGGGGGCAAAUCUGAUCUUGACAGAGGUAUUUGUACAACUAUGGCGUUAAGGUCAAAGAUGCCGAAGAACCUGUCCCUCAGCAGAGUUAACAGACGAAACAGGUUUGGAGAAACCCUGCUCCAUCUAGCUGUGAUGGAUGAAGAUAUACAUUUGGUGAGAGAGAUAUUAAAAAUCGGUGCCUGCCCAAGCGAAGCUGACUAUGCAGGCUGGACUCCACUACAUGUGGCAGCAGCUGCAAGUCAUUACGACAUUGUGGUGACCCUGCUUGAGGCGGGGGCUGUGGUUAACUUCUCCGGAGACAAGGGUGUCACUCCACUUCAUGAUGCCAUAGAGUCUGGAAAUUAUAAGAUUGUAGAGCUACUUUUGAGCAGUGGGGCAGAUCCAUUGCAGAGAACGGAUGACGGAAGAUCAGCCUUAGACAUGACUAUGGAUGCUACCUUGAGGAAACUGAUAGAAAGAUACCAGCCCAAAGCCAAUCAAUCAUCCCCAGGACAAUGUGAGCUUUGGAAAUGGUGUUGCCAAGAUGGAUCUAAGGUAGCAAAAUCUGCACUCAACAGUGAUGCCAGAGCAAGUUCCUGUUCGGGAGGUUUUUCUCCAAAAAAGAUUGCAUGCAAUAAAAACCAAGAAUCGUUUGGUGUGGAAGCGCUGUUAAAAUGUAGAGAUUCAAUGACUGCUGGAGACAAGGAUGCUGUUUUAUCAAAACCUGCCAUUGUGUUCAACAAAGCUAGAAAUGGACAAGUUAUUGCAGAAGGAACUGAAGAGGAUGGUCAGGAUUCAGAUUCCACACCAGCCAUAACAGCAGACAAUGAAAAAGAACAGUCAGAAUUGUCUCUGUCACAAAACAAUGAGAGCAUAAUAAUGUGCACUGAAGAUUUGUUGGGGAAUCUCAGAAACUCAGAUGGUAACCUUGUGGCUGAUGGUGGAGAACAGUUUAUUCAUCAGAUCUCGGAAGACAAAGCUCAAGAGUGUCCUGAAUCUUUCACAGCCUAUUUAGAAGAAGCUGCAGCUUGCUGUAGAGGCAGAAGUCAAAUGAAAGAGCAAAAUGAUUUACAGACAAAUGUUGACUUGGAGCAACACAAAGAUGGUAAAAAUGAAACUGUGAGAUGUGAUUUGAACAUAAAGCAGAACUUUGGCUGCCAAACUGCUAAGCCUAUGAGAAAUCCCAAAAUUGACCCUGAAGAUGAUGCGAAUGAAAAUAUGGAUGAGUGCAGCAUAUCAUUGCUAUGUCCUUAUGCAAGGGAUUCAGAUCUUCCUUGCGCUCCAAAGGCUUGGCAUGGACUGAAUGCUUGUGAAGGCGAAAGGUUGUCUACAGCAAGCAAUUCAACACCAUCGAUCAAAGGAUCAUCUAGCUUCUCGGACGGUAGCACACCAUCACUACUUUUAGAACAAAGCAGAAGUUAUGAUGGAAUAUCAGCUUCUGAUUCAUGUAAAACUAGUACUGCGGAAUUGCCUGUUUUACAGCAUGAAGUUUCAAGUUUUGGUGAAAAAUAUGAUAUUGCCCUGUCUGGGAGAAAUUCAGAGUCUUUUGAGAUUAAAAAACAGUCAGUUGAGCCAUUAAUUGCCCGUGAAAACAAAAAAAACAGCACUGAAGUGAACCAAACGUUGUUGGAACAACAAGAUAAUAACCGAUGUGAACCCACAGAGUGCAUGGAACAUAUUGAAAUGGCAGAAAUGAUUCGUUUGCUGUCAGACAGUGAACUUUCCAACUUAUCUAAUCCUGAGACUCCAUACCCUGAGAAGGAUGCAUUAAUCUGUGUCCCUGUAAAUGUAGAAAAUUUUUGCAACUCACUGGAAGAUGAUUGUGGUGCCCUUUUAGCUUUGAGGGGCUCUGGAAGUUGCGGCUCCAGAGCAUUAUCACAAGAAAAAGGAUGUGACAUAACUAAGUGGUUGCUUGACUCUAACACCCAGGUGGGAUCACCGAAAGCUAUAGAGUGUGUAGAUCUUAUCUGUCAGACAAUAGAGGAUAUUUCACAAGGAGCAAUUGAAAAGGCAGGUUUACAGUGUGGCCAGGAGCUUCUCAACCAACAAGCAUUUUCAUGUCAAUCUGAGUUCCAUAUAAGCGGACAAGUUUCCGAGAAUGUAGUGUAUGACAAUUCUGGCUCUGUAUCCAAAAAAGGACUGUUAGAAUCGGAAAACAACUUAAGUCCUCAUGUAGUGAUGUCUGCGUCUGAAAAUCUCCUGCACGAUUUCUCCUGCAGUUCAAGUAAAUCACAGCCCGUGUGUCAUGACACACAAAAUGAUGAUGAAAACUGUUCAUUUGAUUCUGAUUGUACUUACGUUUCAGAAUCUUACUUUUUGAAAGGUACUAAAACUGAGAACUUGAACAAUGACAGCCUAAAUUCAGGUACCAGCCAGGAUUCAAGCAAUAAGAACUUCAAGAGGCAUAGUAAGAAGCAUCACGAUAAAUUUGGCAAAGGGUCUGACCAGCAAAAGGGUAAAUUAUUGCAAGACAAUGUUUCCAACGUGGAUUCAAUCUACAUUCGAGAAGAUUGUGACCCAACUAACCAAUCUGCCAAUAUCCUAAAAAGCUUGCCAAGUGGAAGUGAUUCCAUUAACCCAGUUCCUUGCUCAGGACAUCAAGUCCAGUUGAGAAGGAAAUCGGCUUCCCAGAGGACUUGCUGCAUGGACCAUUUGACUGAAGUUCUACCCAGCAAAAAGCGCAGAAGUAGCAAAAAAUUUCAAUCCACUUCAUCCACAUUAGACAAAGUGAGAAAGAAGCAGGACGAAAUGCUGGCCAUGGAUCUGACGGACCCGGAGGAUACAGGCAAAUUUACUGAGGCAUUUGCCCAGAUCCAGACAUUGCUCAGUGAUGUGCUGAACAAACACAAGGCAGAAAAUGAAAAUCUGACCAGAAAGUACAGGAUUGCCUCUGAUUCUUUCAAGCAUGGCACUCUCAGGGAACAACUAUCAUCGCUUUCUUCAAGGCAAAAACACCUGCUGGACAUACUCCAAAGACAGAACAAUCUCAGAGUUAGAUUUCAGAUGUUCCACAGCAGGUCUUUUGAGGGUCAAACCACCGCAGAAGCUCCUUGGACAAGUAUGAACGUAUGUGAUGCUGAAACAGUUCACAAAACCCAAUGGAGAGACUGUCGCACUGGUACUCUGGAGCAACUUUCAGAAGACGACUGUUCAGGUUUCAGCUCAGCUUUGAGCCUCUGCAGUGAAGCUGUUUCACGAAACUGCAGUGACCAAACCCAAGUUACUCUGGGUAUCAGUCAUGCAGGACCCCAGUUUUCAGUUAACGAGCUACGCACAGAUUCGUGCACGUUUUUUGACAGCUUUGUGAAUGUUGAUAACCAAGCAGGCGUGCCACCCAGUUUCACAGUGCAGGCUAGCCCGGUUGCAGUUCACACUGAAAACAUUCAGUCACAGAUUAAGGUACCAUCUGAGCUGGCUUAUCUUAUUAAACAAGGCACCAUCAAACCUGGGGAGAAUGUAUUCAGGCUGAAGUUGAAGGGUAAUUGUCACACAGCUUCCCUCCAGGAAAAUGGAUCCAUAAAGGACACAGGAGGUCAAGUCUACAUUUCUCCAGAGCAGUGGAUUGGAUCUGUUUUGGGGCCCAGUGUUCCUAUGAGCCCAACAUAUGCAUGGAAAAAGGUGACGUACAGGUCCAAGCCACUCUUAGGAUAUGUGAGGAAGGCUGGCCCAGUGGCCGGCGACUCCACAGCAUCACUGCAAAACUGUCCAUCCAAAGCCACACCUCCAGGAGAUCUCCUUAAAGAGGUGUGUACCGAGUCCCCCAUCGGUGAUUUAAUGAAAAUACAGACCAUUCUUCUAGUAAGUGACAGUGAGUUCAUAAACAACUAUGAACUGGACCAACACUGGAAUAGGCUGUUAGAGUCUGACGACUGGACCAUUUGAGGAGACCUUUCCAUGUGUACAUGCAUGCGAUGUGUACAAUUGUUUAGAUUAAAUAGACUCUGUUAUAAUUAUUUUGACCUAUUGAUCAAAUUUGUAUAUUUGUCUAUUCAUAAAAUUUUAGUUAUGUUCUUAAAAUGUUCCUGUUUAUGUAACAUGAGCAUUAAGCAUUAAGUAGUGCAAUUCUUGUUGAGCACUCAAAACUUAAAACAGCUUUUGAUUAGGUCAUAAUUUUUUUCUUAGUUAACUUUGACUGCUUUCUAGGUAGUUCAAGAAAACGUAAUUAUACGUAACACAAUGUGACAACAGAAAAUCAAAAAUGAAUGAAAUUUGAACAUUCAAUAUUAACAUGUCAUUUUGAAUUCCACAAAACACAUUUUUAAUUCCCCAGCUCAACAUAAAAGCAUCCAGUUCACUGAUUAGUUUGUAGUAGACAUUGCCAUUUGACAGAAUUAUUAGUCAGAUUUUGCCAGUCAUUAUUCUAACAAUAUUGCAUUGCUCCUGCCCUCACCCCACCCCCACCACACACAGAGAGAACCAUGUAUGGAGUGUAGAUCAAAAUAUUUCUUGCUUUCCAUACAUACUGAGAUAUUACUAAUUUCUCCAAAAGGAUAACGUAAAUCCUUAAACUCAAGAACACUCUACUUACCACCAUUGCGUUUGUGAUUGAAAAAUCAGCUUUUUUUGUACCAGGAAAACCUAAAGUCCGUAAAAUAUUCUGCAUAAGUUUGAUGUUAAAAUGUCAGGAAGAUUUUUUUCGAGUGGAUAAUGAAACUGAGUUUCAUGGGUGUUAAGUGAUGGUCUGCAAAGACAACAGAAAGAGCGGUGCUAUGUGUAAGUCUGAUGGCUUUUGUUUAUAUAUAUACAUACAAGAUCAGUCCUGCCUGCACAUAACAUAUUUCCUGAUGCCUUCACCUAUGUGUAUUGUCUGAUGCCAAGAAGCCAAACCGGAUUUAGAAACGUCAGACAGCUCUAGGUGAAUAUAGUUGCAAUUCCUCUCUGGUCCCGUCUACAUUAAAGUCCACGGUUUCAGUUCCCCUGCUAUAAUAAAGUGCUGCUUGCUGCCCUGUUUUUCUCAGGCCCCCCAUGAACUGUUAAAAAGGCUACACAUUCAGCACGCUAAUUUAGUGCGUAGACUUUAGCUACACAAAACCUCUCUUCUAAUCACACCGUAAGUCCUCCCCCAUUCACCAUUUCCUCUGAGAAUAAUAAACGGGAAGCAAAAUUCUCAGUGGAAAAAUAAACAUUUUGAAAAACAGCAUCCUAAACCCCGAUCUACCUCAUUCUUCUCAUCCCUGUGUGUUUCCUAAGGACACCAAAGCAUCUUUGAAAUGGCACUUCAAAAGGCAGAUGACUCCUGUCUGUCCCUCUCACCAUUUAUUCUGAGGGAUACAAAAUUAGUAAACUGUGUGAAGCGCUAAAUAGGAAAACGGUAAAAUAGAUGGAUGGACUGACAGAAAUACAUUUGUAUUAUUAACUACACCUCCUCAUAUUUUGUGACCCUUUUAUUUUAUUGAUUUUUUUUUUAAGAAUAUAACAUGUUUCUGUAACCUGUGUCGCCUUUUCUGGUUUAGAACAUUAGUGCCAACUUGUUUUCUUAAUGUGGUUUCAGAUUUAAUAAAUUUCUCAACAUCA